AUAAUACCCCGGAUUCCGAGAUAGCCGAGAUAUGCAAAAAAGGCGCUCGGCAAAUAAACACAAGCAAAAAUAGGAAAGAACUAAGAGUUAUCAGAAGAAGAGCCUAUUUGCGCAAUCGGAGGAAUUGGUUCAACCAAACAGACAUUACAUACUACAACUCCAACAGUAAGAAUCACAGGGGUCGCGAAAAGGAUUAUUGGUAG